UUUUUGUUUUACAUUGUUACGAUUAGGUUAGGCAACGUAUUUUUUUAAAUAAUUUCAUUGAAAAAAUGUAAUUUAUAUUAAGUAAAUUAUUAUUUACUUUUUUAAAAUAAAAUACUAUGCAAAUCUUUUUGCUAAAAAAAUAUUUGUAAUUAAUUUAUAUCACAUAGAACGUAACUCAUGUCACAUAAUAUAAAUGACAUAUUAUAGAGUGGCAGUGGAGUUAAUAUGACACCAUGUAUUAUUCCCUCGUGAGGGAAUUCGCCUGACAACUGGCAACAGUGGUUACGGCAACCCUGUUUCCUACUUCUCUAUAAAGAGAUAGGAAGUCGUUCCUUAGUUUUGUGACUACUUGUAAAAGUAUUUAAAUAUUAUUAUUAAUAUUUCAUAAAAAUUAAUUGUACCCUACGUUCCAGAGUUAAAUGUAUUGUAAAAAAGUAUUUUUAUGUCCUGAAACUAAUUAUAUUUGAAGUGGUUUAACUUGAACUCAAAACAUGUAUCCAAGAAAUAGACAAAGCCAAGGCUAUCCCAAUAUGAGAAACCAAAGUAAUCCAAAUGUACCGUAUCAAGGUCAAAGCAUUGAACUAGUAGCUAUACAACAAUACCGAGGAGGUCUAUUCAGCCAGGGGCUAGUUCGUCAGUUACCCCCAUAGCGUAGCUUGCCAUAGGCCAUAUUUUUAAUAACAUACUGAACUGAUGUUUACAUAACAUUUUAGGCUAAACUGUUUGUCACUAUUAGUAAUUAUGCUUUAGGUACAAACUAAAAAUAAACUUGUCUUGGUACUACAUAUGUAGGUUUCUCUGAAAUAUUAUGAUUUAAUAGUUACAAAAUAUAAAAAUGGCGCAUGUAAGUUUUCUGUUUUUUUAAAUCUCCAUUAUUUAUUAAAUUUUAUUUCACAAUUAGCUUAAGUAUUUGUUUUCAUAAACAUGAGCAAAUUUUAUACACAACGUGUUACAAAAUUAUAUUUAUUAUUGAUAUAAGGCAUAUAGUAAUGAAACUUUUACUUAGGUUUAAAAAUCUUUAUUCUUCUUCUUACUCUCCUUUUACUCUCCUUUUUCCUAUUUUCUAUUUUAUGUAAACUCAGUUCAGUUAUACAUAAGGAAAUAUAGGCCACAGAAAUAAUUUGGCUGGUAUGAGUUAUGGGAGUAGCAUUAGACUGCUUUCAAGUACAUAUGCGAUGCUAGACCUUGGUGGGAUAGCACAACCGUACAGGUUCCUUGUGUAGCGGCGACCCACCCUAUGUUUUGCAGUACAAUCAGCAAGCCAGUUUUCAAGCAACACAACCUCCUCCAAAUCAACAAAGUAAUUACAAACAAGGAAGUUCACAAAAUGCACAACCAUUUAAACCACAGCAGCAGCAACAGCAACAACAACCACAAAUGCAACAGGUAGCAGCAAGGAAUUUGCAACAUAGCAAAUCUCAGCAACCACAAAUGCAACAAGUAGCAGCAAAGAAUCUACAACAAGGGAAACCACAACAGCAACAACAAUUGCCACAGCAAAUUAAACAACCACAACAACCCAUUACCAAUUCUCCUCAAAGCCAAGCUCAACCACAGCCUCAAUCACAAUCCCAACAACAAUCUCAACCACAGUCUCAAUCACAAUCACAAUCACAAUUUCAAUCUCAAAUACAACGGUUGAAACCAAUUUUAAAACUACCUUCCCAUAAUCAGCAACAAAGUGCAAUUGCUAUACAAAAUAAUCCUGUUUCAUCUUCUCAACCAUUAGUUUCUACUCCAACAUCUCCCAUAACAACUAACUCUAAUCCUACACCUCCAACAAGUAAUAGCACAUCUGAAGCAAAGAAUGAUAAUCAAGAGCCUGAAGAUACAGAUAAUAAAAUAGAAGAACAACUUCCAAGAUGGAGGCGUAAAGCACCUGGAUUUAGAGUAAAUAAAAGACUGAAACGACUUCGCUUGAAUCAACGUCUACGAAAGACAUUGCAACCCAAGAAUGCAAUUAUGGUACUAAAUGAAAUGAAACCUGGAGUCCAGUUCACAUUUCCUGAAACUCAAGGACCUAUGCCAAACUCUCUGUAUCUCGUUCAUGCAGAGCUUGAUGGUAAAACUUAUGUUGGACAAGGAUUAUCUAAACCACUUGCUCGUCAAAAUGCUGCUGAAAAUGCAUUGAAAGCAUUAUUACUUGAAAAAAUGACGGCAGCAUCUAUGAAAGCACGUAUUGAUGCUGAAUCAGAUGGACAAUCAGUUCAAUCUAUGGAUUCAUCUACUAUAUCAAAAGAGGAAAAUAACGAAGAAGGUGUAACAGCAAUGGAUACUACUGUUGAUGAAAGUGAUGAAAUUCCAUGGAGCUCUUUAGCUAGUUUUGCAUUGUAUAAACUUUUCCUUGAAUGGCAUAAUCAAGGAACAUCAGUUCCAGUUCCAAGACCAGGAUUACCGUCACCUGUUAAAGGAAUUAAAAGAGAGAUUUCUCAUGUUCAAAAAACUCCAGCUCAGAAAGAACUUCCACCUAAUGCAACAAACAUACACCCUGUAAUGUUAUUAAAUCAAAUGAGACCAGGUUUAACAUAUGUAGAACUUAAUCGCGUUGGUAAUCCACCAAAUACAAUGUUUACUCUUGCUGUUGAUAUUGAUGGCAUUGAAUAUUCAGGAACAGCAAAGAACAAAAAGGAUGCCAAAAAAAUAGCAGCAAAAUCUGCACUUCUUGCUUUGUAUGGUUUAAAUUAUCCAGAUGAAGCUUCAUCAGCAGUGGACCAACCAGUAGCUUAAAUCAUCAUACAGACAUCAUUAAUUUUUGUAAUAUAUUAUAAAAUAAUACUAUUAUUCAUUUUACUUUAACUGCUUUAAUUCAUAUAUUGCGUGAAUUGUAGCAUAUUACAAAAGACAUUCGAAAAAUUUGAGAAUUGCAACGACGAAAAAGAUUUAAAUAUAUAAACAUGUAGAAUUCAUUUAUACAUUAUUUUCAGUAUAUCUUAUUUUUCCGUCCAACGGCCUUGAAAACGGCCUUGGUUGUUUAACUUACAGAACUAAAAUUGAACUAAACUAACUAACUACGUCUAAAACUAUUUUCUAUUGUCUUGCUCCAUUGCACUUUCUUACUCUUACUUGUCUUCUUUUGAACUUCUAUUGGGUUAAGAUCUCAAAUCUUGCCUUUUUUCUACUCCCCAGCCUCCCCCGCCGCGCAUAUGUACUCUGUGUUUCUCAUCAUAUCAAAACCUACGUAUUCUAUUCUUCCAAAUUUCCGUAUCUCAUCCUGAGUAUCAAUCUUAUUGGCUUCCUUUCAUCCCUUUAUUAACUAAGUGCUUUGGUAUCCCAUCUGUUUUCAAAUCUUUAUAUCUACAGUCAAACUUAGAAUUUAUUAUCUUACUAAAUUUAAGAACAAUUCUUCUUAAAGUUAUACAUUCUCAUACAUUUUCUAAGAAUGCAUUUUUUUCUCGUUUGUACUUAAAUACUCCAAUCUUUCCUGACUAUAUUCAAAUCUUCUUAAAUAUCUCUCUUUACUUAUUUGACAUUCGGACGUUUUUGUUUCCUUCUUUUUCUCUUUUAAUACUUCCUUGGUUAAGGUUCUUCUCGUUACCUCUUCUACCUUUAUUUCAUAUUUGAUGGGUUUAAAGCCCAAACAUACUUUCAUCUUUUAAUUUUUGAUCCCUUCUAAUGUUAUGUAAUCUGUCCGUCCAAUCCCAAAGUUCACUUUAAAUAUUAGUUGUAUUCUUCUUAAUUCAUCUCUUUCCUUAUAUCCUAAAAUUUUUGCUCCAUAUGAUAUUACACAUUUUAUUAAAUUAUCUAAUAAACUUAUUCUUUCCAUAUAAUCAUUCAGGAACAGUUUUUCUCCAAUUCUUCAGCCUUAUCCUACUGUUAACACUUAGCCUCGCUCAGACAAGUCAACCUAUACGCUGUCCACUGCACAUUUUUCCAAGUAUCGAGGACUAAUAUUUGUUACUUAAAAAACGAAGAAGUCUAAAAAUUAUUUAAAUGGUCAAUUAUGUUUUGCGGUAAUGAUUUUAUUUAACGAUUUCACGUGUUGUUUAUACGAAACAUCAAAUUAUAAGUAUAUAUUAAAAGCAUAAAAAAAUAUAGAUAAAAUUACAAACAUUAAAGAUAACUAAAUAUAAAUAACACGACUUGAACGUGAAGUUAAAAAUUCAUAAUGCAUUUUAGUAUUUUUUUACAAUGUGAUAUCGUUCGAUUAUAAUUUUAUUUAGUCGUAACUGAUAGUGUAACUUUUUAAUUAAUUUUAACACCACUAAAUUGGUGUAUUUUAUUAUAUACUGUAUUUUAUAAAAGCAGAAAAAGUGGCGCAAUUAAUUGAAAACAAUUCCAGGUAAAUAAUAACUGAUAAUAAAAAAAAGAAAACGUGUUACAGAAGUCAAAUAGGGAGAUCCCGUUCGGUCACGCAGCGAUGUAUUUUACAGAGGGGAGAUCUUAUUCGGCUGGCUAAGUGUUAAGUUACCCUUCUUUAUCAAUUCUGUCAGUUCUUUUAUAUUUUUCUCAUUUUUAUUAAAAAUAUCUCCAAUAUUUGAAAACUAUUACUCCUUCAACUUUUUCCAUCCCAUUGGCAUAAUCCAAUGACUAAAAUUGUUUUUUCUUAUUACGAGUUUCAAGUUUUCCUACUUGCCCCUUCUUCGAUUCUUCUUUGAUAACCGAGAUGAAAAUCACAACAUCGUGCUCAAGAGACAGUACGUACCCCUAACGUUCCCUUUUUGCGACCACUUUUCACUUUGGCUGUAUUUCUCGUUUUCGCAUAUAUUUCUUUUAUUCUUCUUACCAAAUCGUUCUUAAUUCUUUUCCUCUCAUUAUUAUCUAUAAUUGUUCCCUAAACACGUUAUUAAAUGCAACUUUUAAAUGGAUAAAUAUAGCAAAAACUCCUUCCUUUUUUAGCUAAUUCCUUUUGCCAUGUGAUUUGUAUGUUUUUCCUCCCGAAGUCGGCUUGCGCGUCGCCUCUGAUAAAAGGCCCUGGAAUACAAUCCAUUUCUUCAGUCUCUUCGUUUACAAUAACAAAUUCAUUUAUACACAUCCCGUUAUGUAUAUGUAGUAUUUAAAUAUCAAAAUACUAUAUAUCAGAGAUUACAAAAAUCAGAGAUUUGUGGAAAUAUUCUUUCUUAUAUAUUUUGCAUUAUGAUAUAAAUAGUAAACAACAUAUAUUAGAAUUAUCAAUAAAUUUCUUUAUCAUGUAAUUUGAUCAAAUUACAUUAAUAUCUUAUUUUGCUUCAACUUUCACAUUUUUGUAUUUCAUAACCAUGUAAUUUUUAUUAAUAAUUCAUGUGUAAUCAAAUUCUACUUAAAAAUUUUACUGAUAAUAGUCAUGAUAAUAAUGUAAAAGUGUUUGUAAAUAUACAAUUAACAAGAAAGUGUAAUUCAAGUUGCAUUUUUGUAGAAAAUCUGUUUUCUUUAAGAAAAUUGUACUUUAACCGUUUUAGCGCCACGCAGCGCGAUUGCGCUGUUCGCUUACUGUGGUGAAUUGCGUCGCUAUGUUUGGUCACGAUUGUCAAUUUGAAGCGCUAUCGCGCUGCAUGGCACAAUAAGACACAGAUUCUUAAAAACCCCUGGCACUAAAACGGUUAAUAUGUAAUAUAUCCUUAUUUUGUAUCUAAUGUUUCUCAUUGUAUUGUAUUCAAAUGAUGUUAAUAAUAAAUUGAUAUGUAUAAAUAAAUUUUAUGUUUGCCAAUA